AUGGCGCUCGACAGCUACUAUCAAAACAAGAUCGAGGCCAUGAAGCUCGAGAUCCUCAAGGGUCAAGCAGUUCUCCGCCGUCUCGAAGCCCAAAGAAACGACUACAACUCCCGCGUGAGGCUACUGAGGGAAGAGCUGGGUCUGUUGCAGCAGCCUGGUUCCUACGUUGGUGAGGUCGUCAAGGUCAUGAGCACGAAGAAGGUCCUGGUCAAGGUGCAUCCCGAAGGCAAAUACGUCGUCGACAUCUCCGACAAUGUCGACAUCACAAAGCUCACCGUCGGCAAGCGGGUAACCCUGCUUUCCGACAGCUACAAGCUCGAGAAGAUGCUCCCCUCAUCCGUCGACCCCCUCGUCUCCCUCAUGAUGGUCGAGAAGGUUCCCGACAGCACGUACGAUAUGAUUGGUGGUCUGGAUCAGCAGAUCAAGGAAAUCAAGGAGGUCAUCGAGCUCGGCCUCAAGCACCCCGAGCUGUUCGAGUCGCUCGGUAUCGCACAACCAAAGGGUGUCCUUCUCUACGGCCCCCCCGGUACGGGAAAGACGCUGCUCGCCCGUGCCGUCGCACAUCACACCGACUGCAAGUUCAUCAGGGUGUCCGGAUCCGAAUUGGUGCAAAAGUACAUUGGUGAGGGUAGUCGCAUGGUUCGCGAGCUCUUCGUCAUGGCCCGCGAGCACGCCCCCUCCAUCAUCUUCAUGGACGAGAUCGACUCCAUCGGUUCCUCCCGUGUCGAGGGCUCAUCCGGCGGCGACUCCGAAGUCCAGCGCACCAUGUUGGAGCUACUCAACCAGCUGGACGGUUUCGAGCCCACCAAGAACAUCAAGGUCAUCAUGGCCACCAACCGUCUCGAUAUCCUCGACCCCGCCCUGCUGCGUCCCGGACGUAUCGACCGAAAGAUUGAGUUCCCUCCGCCAAGCGUCGAGGCCCGUGCCGACAUUCUCCGCAUCCACAGCCGCAAGAUGAACCUGACAAGAGGCAUCAAUCUCACAAAGAUUGCCGAGAAGAUGAACGGCUGCUCCGGAGCCGAGCUCAAGGGUGUCUGCACAGAAGCCGGCAUGUACGCCCUGCGUGAGCGCAGAGUUCACGUCACCCAAGAGGACUUUGAGCUCGCCACUGCCAAGAUCCUCAACAAGCACGACGACAAGGAGGUGUCACUCGGCAAGCUCUGGAAGUAA